CUCUCCUCUCCUCUCCUCUCCUCUCCUCUCCUCUCCUCUCCUCUCCUCUCCUCAGCUCUCCUCUUUUCGCACCUUUAGGCCAGUCGCAUGCAUUCGGUGCCUGGCGUAGCCAUUGGUAUGCCCGUGGCUCUUCCCUCGGGCAAGUCCGCGCCCCACGCCCCAGGCAAGGCUCUGCAGCUGGCGCCCAUGUUCAAGCGCAGCCUCCAAGACGUGUUGAAGGACAAGGUGUCCGAGAUCUGCGUCCUUCCGAACUGGAUGGCGUUCGCGUGGCCUGGGUCGGGGCCGGUUUCCCCAUACGAUUUCCGCAACCAGCUGGCUUCCUCAGGACCGCUCUCUGUCCACAGUGCGCACGGGCUGAGAGGCAGCGACACCGUGCUGGAAACCAAGGUGUUCAGCUGCCUGCGGAACACGAGGUCCGUGGCGUGCAGGGGCAGGCUCUCCCAGAUGAGCACGGGCGCAUCGGACCGAUCCGUACUUCGUGCUGGAGUGCGGGGCGCAGAGGCACACCUCCGAGAUCAGGUGGAAAACGCUGUCGCCGGUGUACAACGCGACGUUCGUUCUGGCGGUGAGCGACGUGCGCCGUCAGCACGUUCGGCU